AUGACUGAGACUGAGAGAUGUUACUCUCAGAUCGAGAAGGAAUACCUUGCACUGGUCUUUGGUUGUACACGAUUUGACCACUAUCUCCAUGGAAGAGAAAAGAUCACAACAGUCACAGAUCAUAAGCCUCUAGAAACCAUACUUGCCAAAAGUAUCAACAGCACGCCCAAGAGGUUACAACGCAUGAUGCUACGACUGCAAAAGUACCGCCUGAAUAUUGUGUGCAAAAAGGGAACUCAGAUGUACAUAAGUGAUCAUCUGUCAAGAUCUGCCCUCCCAAACGGCCGAACGCAAAAGAAGGAAAUAGAUGAUUAUGAAGUCUUUACACUUCACGCAGAAGAACUUCUCAUGAAAGAGAUCGAAGGAACAGAUCCAAAUAUCUUUCAUAACAUGACAGAUGCAACCCUUCAGGAAGUAGCAACAGCAACCUCAAAAGAUGGAAAUCUCAUGACCUUAGCUGAAAUUAUAGCUAAUGGAUGGCCUGAGGACAAGACGCAAGUACCGCCCAAUGUCCGAGACUACUGGCCGUACAGAGAUGAACUAGCAGUUCAGGAUGGAAUAAUCUACAGAGGAACGAGAGUGCUCAUUCCCACGGCUAUGCGCCCACCGAUGUUAGAAAAAACACACUCCGCUCACCUAGGAGCACAGGGAUGCAUGAGACUCGCAAGAGAUACAUUUUAUUGGCCAUCGAUUCAUCAUGAUAUCAAAGAUCUCUGA